AUGGAUGAUCAUCCGACAGAAACAGCAGCCUUGUUACAACGUCCAUCUCCCCCUUCAAAAUCCAACCUAACAUUCACACCCUCCCAAAAACGCCUCAUCAUCCUAGCCGCCUCCCUAGCGUCAGCCUUCUCUCCUCUCUCCUCAAACAUCUACUAUCCAGCUCUGAAUAGCCUGGCCUCCGAUCUCAACGUCACGCCCUCCCAAAUCAACCUCACUAUUACGACUUACAUGAUCUGCCAAUCCCUAUCCCCAACCCUAACCGCCACCCUCUCCGACACCUCCGGCCGCCGCCCCGCCUACAUCCUUUGCUUCACGCUCUACAUUGUCUCCAACAUCUCACUUGCAUUUUGCAAAACUUAUCCAUCCCUGCUGGCUCUCCGCGCCCUGCAAAGCACUGGAAUAAGCGGUACCGUUGCGCUCUCGGCUGCCGUCGCGGCUGAUAUCAUCACGCCCGACGAGAGGGGCAAGUAUAUGGGAUUUACCUCGCUAGGGAAUAUUCUUGCGCCGUCUCUUGGGCCCAUUCUUGGUGGGGCUUUAAGCGAAAGUCGAUUUGGAUGGAGGGGGAUCUUCUGGUUUUUGGCGUUGAGCGGGGGUGUGGUCCUUCUGGGGCUGGUGGGUUGGUUUCCUGAGACGAAGGCGGAUGCAACGAGACAACGUGCAGAAGCAAUAGCAGAAGAAGAACAGGAAGGAGGAGCAGGAGGAAAGAAAUGGCGACACAUCCUCGCCUUCCCCAACCCUUUCAACUCCCUACGGAUGCUAUUCCACCUCCCCACGGGGUUGAUUCUCCUUUCAAAUGGACUCGUCUUUGCGAGCUACUAUGCCGUGACAGCAGGCAUUCCUACACAGUCCAAGCGAAUCUACGGUCUUUCAGAUAUGGGGAUUGGGCUUGUCUUUCUACCGGCGGGACUGGGGUCGUUGCUAUCUGCCGUCUUUAACGGGGUGGUUGUUGAUUGGAAUUAUAGACGGAAAGCGAAUCAGUUUCUCCAACGGGUUACGAAUAUGAGCGACAACUCGGAUACAGAUACAAAUAGGCAAGAAUUUCCCACUGAGCGGGCGAGGUUGCAGAUUGGGGCCCCAAUGACAUUCCUCUGCUCUCUUGCCAUUCUAGCCUACGGCUUUACGCUAGACCUUCAUCCACCAUUGUUCGUCUCCCUCAUCUUAAUAAUUCUAAUAUCAUUCUCGGUAACGGCCUCAUACAAUGUCAUGAAUGUGUUGCUUGUGGACCUGUACUACAGCACGCCCGCGACGGUUAUGGCAGCAAACAACUUCGUUCGGUGCUUUUUAGGCGCGGCGAGUACAGCGUUGGUGGCUCCAAUGAUUGAGAGAUUCAACAAUGGCAAAACUUAUGCUUUUGUUUCGGGUAUAAUUGGAGGUAUUUGCUGCCCGAUUCUAGGCAUCGUCUAUAGUAACGCUGUCAAAUGGAGGUCUUGUAGAGGAACCAUAAUCUCAGAACCAAGAUGAAAUAGGCCUCUAUUAAAGUUACUAGUUUUGUUUGCCGAUUGGGAUGAUCGGCUCUCCUAACUCGCCGAGAUCCCAAUAAUCACCGAGAUAGACAGAAAAAGGCCACAAGUUACACAUAAAGACUGUGCAGAUAGGCUAUUCCUAUAAAGCAAGCGCCUUUUCAGGAUAUAGAUGGGUUUC